AAACGCGAGACGGUCCCUAAGCUAAGCGUGAAUAAGAAACUGGAAAAGCGGAUGCUUCGCGUUUUUAAGGUGGAACGGAUAGCGUCAAUAAGAAACUGCGAAUAAGAAGCUGGAUUCAGCCUCGUGAUUUACGGCGCCUUCCGUACAAUAACAUUGGACCCGGAAAAGAUAUGAAAUGAGAACCAUGGCCACAGAUUUGGAGGUGCUGAUUCUCAUCCCAGCCGCUUCACACUCGGCUGCAAACCAUCCCAGUGCAUGCUGAAGGUCCUGGUCUGAUGGGGCCAGCACGACGACAUCAUCCGCAAAGAGCAGAGAUGAAAUGGUGUGGUCCCCAAACCCGACGCCCUCCGGCCCAUGGCUGAGCCUAGAAAUUCUGUCCAUAAAAAUUAUGAACAGAACCGGCGACAAAGGGCAGACCUGCCGGAGUCCAACAUUCACCGGGAAGAAGUCUGACUUGGAAAAGGUUGGGUUGCCCACUUCAGGUGGGUGGAGAGUUCCUGCCUCAAGUGGAGGAGUUCAAGUAUCUGGGCGUCUUGUUCACGACUGAGGGAAGGAUGGAACGGGAGAUUAACAGACGGAUAGGCGGAGUUUCUGCAGUAAUGCGGUCGCUGUACCAGUCUGUUGUGGUGAAGAAGGAGCUGAGCCGCAAGGCGAAGCUCUCGAUUUACCGGUCAAUCUACGUUGUGAACAUCCAGUUCUUUCUGCAUGAGGUGGCGAUGCAAAACAUAUUAAUUUCAUACUGUAAAGCCAUCAGAAAUGGACAGACUGAUACAUGUGCUGCUGUUCUCAGUGCUCUGUCUGUUCAUUCAGAGCAUCUCAUGUGAAUAUGUUCUGGUACUGGAGAAGAUGACUUGGAAUGAGUCACAGGUUUACUGCAGACAGCAUCACUUUGAUCUGGUCACCAUUCAAAACAAUGAAGACUGGACGAAUGUACAGAGGGCAGUUCAACCAGCAUUGACUUCAGCCGUCUGGAUUGGACUCUAUAAUGACAUUUCAAGCUGGCGGUGGUCAUAUCAAAAUGAAAACAUUUCAUUCUCCAGAUGGUAUGAAAGUCAACCAAACAACGUUCAUGGAAACGAGGAAUGUGGCCUUAUAACAUCUCGUGGAUGGCAUGAUAUAGUCUGCUCUACUGCAUAUCCCUUUUUUUGCUUCAAAGAGAAUGAAACAGAAGCUGACAGGUUUGUUUUUGUUAAUAUCUCAAUGUCCUGGCAUAAAGCUCAGAGUUACUGCAGACAACAUUACACAGAUCUGGCCGUCAUUCAAAAUCAAACUGAGAAUCAGGUGCUGACGCUGAAGAUGUCAAGGGAAGGCAUUAGAGAUUUAUGGAUUGGUCUGUUCAGAGACUCGUGGAAGUGGUCAGAUGAAAUAAAUGUUGUGGACGUGUCCUCCAUUAACUGGAUGACUGGACAACCUGACUUUACGGGCGUGAACCAACCUUGUGGUGUUAUACGUCCUGAUGGUCUUAUAGAUGAUCAACUGUGUUCAAAUACUUUUCCAUUCAUCUGCAAGACACCAGAGACCAAGAAACAGAUUGUGAGAUUUGAGCUGACAUCCUGUCAGAAUGUCAAUGAUCCUGCAGUGAUGGAGACCAUCUUACAGUCGAUUCAGCAGAAACUGACAGAUUUGGGCGUACACAAUGACACAACAGUGACCUGGAGAGUGCAGCCUGAUGGAAAUGUUUUCACACCAAAACAUGAAGAUGAAGAGAAACAGAAAGUGUGUUAAGACUUCUGACCGAUCACAACACAGUCGUUGUGUUUAAAGACGUCAUUUUCAUCACUUGAGAGAAACUUUUAAAUACAUGUUUUAUAGGAUUUGCAAUUACAUGUAAACGUUUAUAAUAACUUCAGUUAGUCUCAUUAUUUUGUUAUCCAGUCAAAUAUAUUUAGUUAUGCUUGAUUGAUCUUAUAAUUCAGCUUUGAAGAUGUGUGUUAUUAAUGAUAUUAUAGUGAUAGUAGCGUGACAAUCUAUUAAACUACAAUCCAAUGAUUACAGAUUAACACAAUGACAUGUGACAAUGUGAGUUAAAUGUUUAUAUUCUGUGUGUUUUAUCUUGUGUGUUUGUGUUUGGUGAGGUGUGUAGACUGUAGCAGCUGAACAUGUUAUGCUUUUAGAUAAAUACUUUUACAACAUACAGUAGUAGUAUUCACAACAUAUAGUAGUAACCAUGUGUGAAGAGUAAUUAAACACUUAACAACUGUUUUGAAUCAUUUGGUUGUUUGAGAACAUGAAUAUAAAUUAAAGCUUCUUUAUAAACACUGAAUAGACAAAAUAAUCUAUGAAAAUAUUUGUGUUGAAGUGAA